UGGCACCACAUUUUCAACACGCGCCCACCACCUUGACUCAAGUCGGUGAUAGGGGCGCGUUAUUUAAACCUCUUCUAUCCCACUCAUUAGUUCUUAUUUCUCUUUCCCACUCUCUGCCAUGCCCCCUCGCAAGAAAGCUGUUCCCUCCACCGAUGUUGCAGGCGUUGCUAAGCCGGGGUCCUCGCGGACCACUAGAGCUAGUACGAGACAGGCAACCACUGCACCUACUUCUACUGCAGUUACAGCAAAACCCGUCUCCAAACCAAAAUCAAGCAAGGCGAAGCGUGCCCGCGCCGACCUCAGCGAGGAUGAGGCAGAUGACACCCCUGCUAAAAAGGUUAAGGCGGACAAGGACGAUGACACUGCUGACAACAUGACUGACGAUAACACUAAGAAGAUGGUCACUGUUGUGAAAAGAGGUGCUGCGCCGGUAGACCCAAUAUCCAGCUUCGUUAAUUCACAUCAAGUCUACUCCAAUGCUGAAAGUGUCUGGGACGCAAUGCUUAACCAAACUGAGGUUGGCUCGAACAAGAACAAAUUCUAUGUGAUCCAACUUUUGCAUGUCGUCGGCGAUGACACGCAAUGCUUGCUCUGCACGCGUUGGGGCCGCGUUGGUGAGAAUGGUCAAAGCCAAGUCAAGGGACUAUGGCCAUCUGUUUCUGCCAUUAACGAGUUUAAGAAGCAGUUCAAGUCGAAAUCUGGCGUUGCGUGGCCUCAGCGCUUUGGCAUGGUGGCUGCGAAGGGAAAAUAUACAUGGCUAGAGCGUGCAUUCGAGAAUGAAGAUGACAAGGCGGAAGGCAGCGGCAGCAAGAAUAAAGAAGACGACCCCGUUCCAGAUUCCAAACUGGCGCCUGAGUUGCAGGCAUUCUGCAACCUCAUUUUCUCUUCCAAGCUCAUUGAUGCUCACUUAUCGUCGAUGAACUACGAUGCCAAUAAACUUCCCCUGGGUAAACUCGCUAAGUCGACUAUCCUCAAUGGAUUUGCGGCAUUGAAGAAACUUGCGGAAGUGGUCGAGCAUCCGGAUGGCGACAUGGCGAAAUCUUUGGGAGGGUUCCGUACUGCAUGUGAAACGCUUACUUCGGAAUACUAUUCCAUCAUCCCUCAUGCGUUCGGGCGCAAUAGGCCCACUGUAAUCGGCGACCAGGAACUAUUGAAGAGGGAACUGAACCUUGUCGACGCUUUGGGUGACAUGGAAAUCGCUCAUAAACUCAUAACCGCCACUAUUAAUGUAGACGACAACGGGAAGCCACUUAACCCGCUGGACGCGCACUUCCGCUCGUUGGGUCUCAAUUCGAUGGAUCCUGUGGCUCGAAACAGCUCGGAAUUUACUGCUCUCUCACGUUACAUCUCCGACACACAUGGACAGACGCAUCACUUUAGGGCGUCGGUUUUACAUGCAUUUAGAGUGGAGAGAGAGGCAGAGACCUCUGCAUGGCUUGCGAAGGGGUACGAUAAGCUUGCACCAGGUGAUCGGAUGCUCUUGUGGCAUGGUUCUAGGACUACCAACUUUGCUGGUAUCCUCAAACAGGGCCUCCGGAUCGCCCCUCCGGAAGCCCCUGUCACAGGCUACAUGUUCGGCAAAGGUGUAUAUUUUGCAGAUAUGAUGUCAAAAUCUGCAAACUACUGUUUCGCUAGUUUGAGUAAUCAAAUCGGCGUGUUACUCCUCUGUGAAGUAGCUGUAAAACCGUUUCUCGAGAUGAACAAUGCAAACUACAGCGCCGAUGAAGAUUGCAAGAAAAGCAAGAAGCUGGCGACCAAAGGGGUAGGAAUGACGCAACCUACCGAUUGGCAAGAUGCUGGGAUGGCACUCAACCAUAAAGAACUUGAGGGCGUCCAUAUGCCCAAGGGAGAGCCGUCGAAUGUCAACCCCCCCGGAGCCUAUCUUACGUACAACGAGUACAUUGUCUAUGACCCGUCCCAAAUUCGCUUGCGGUACCUGCUCAUGGUAAAGAUGGGUUGAGUCAGGAAAUGCAUAUGUAGUUUCUUUUUCCACUAUUGGCUACUUGUUUUCCUUAGACUCAAAUUCUAGCAUUGUCGCCGUCAUAAUAAAGAAGGAACGAUCUGCCUACCCCGUCUUAACUCUUCGACGAUAAUACUAAUAGAGAUCAAAUGAGGA